GUGGGGAAAAACGAAAUAGCAUUUCGAUAAGUGUAAAGCAAAUUACAAUUUAUAAUUGAUAAUUUGAUUGAUUGAUGUUUAUAGGCAAAUGACCGGUUUGCCUUUUUUGUCAAUGCUACAACAUACGAUUUACUCUGUCGAUACAAUAUUGUUUGGUGUGUUACAGAACAUGAAAGUCUCGACAAUAAUAACCCUACCGGGUUCUGCGUGGGACUGGACCACCAUCAGACGAUUCUAGACGGCUCUAACGUACCAUUUAAUCUUGAUCUCAUGAACAGAUCUCGACAAGCAGGUUACAACUUCACAACGCACGAAUUCAUAGCGGCGCUCGAGGGAAUCUACAUCUUCCACUUUCAUGCUUUAGCGAAGGCUAAUCAUAAAGUUUGGAUUCAGUUGUAUAACAAUGACCAGUAUGUUGCUGCAGCCUAUGCGUUUACCACAAACGAGUUUGGUGAUGCCGGCAAUAGUGUCAUUCUCCAUCUGAUGCAUAACGAUCACGUGACAAUCAGGGCGAGGCCCGGAAAUGACGUGGAGAUGUAUGGGUCACCAACAGAAGUGUACGCUACAUUCUCCGGUGCUCUUCUUUCAUUAAGUCUCACAGGAACUGAGAAACCAGAAACAGAGUUUGAAGAAGUCGCGUUUACUGUUGGAUUAACACACGAUAUACAUCUGCCAGCUUAUACCAAGGUGCCAUAUGAUCGUCUUUACACAAACCUUGGCAACGGUUUUGACAUGAACAGAAAGGUUUUCACUGCAAAAUUACACGGGCUCUACGUUUUCCAUUUCCACGGACUUUCACAAAAUGGACAAGCCCUUUAUCUUGAUCUUUACCAUAAUUAUAAAUACGUUACCUCCGCCUACGCGUUUGACGCAAGUUCGUAUUCCGCUGGAAGCAAUGCUGCCACACUUUCACUCCUGGCAGGCGAUCAGGUGUAUGUCAGUGUAAGAGGGAACUCAGCACUUUAUGGACGGAAUGACCAGGUGUACUGUACCUUUUCAGGAUAUCUAGUUGCUCCCUUUCAGCAGUACCAGCCAAUAGUUGGAUAGAAUAAGGUUUGAUAACAUCGCUCACGACAUUUAUUUUAUCUGCUUUUCAUAUAUUAUAGAUAUACCAUCAUGAAUGUGAAAUAUUUGAACGAUGAAAUAAAAAAAAAAUGUUAUAAAUUUUAA